UAUUCCUAACUGUGCCAUUUACAGUUUUUCUACUCUUUCAGGGAUAAAUAUCGUUUCUAUGCAUGUUUGCUGCGAGCACGCUUUGAUGAGAAUAAACAUGAGAAGGACAUGGUGAAGGCCACCAUGAUGCUGAAGGCAGGUGAGGAGGAGUUCUGGGCCAAUCAGCACCCGCAGCCUUACUUGUUCCCAGACUCACCUGGAGGAACAUCCUAUGAAAGAUAUGAGUGCUACAAAGUUCCUGAAUGGUGUCUAGAUCAUUGGCAUCCCUCAGAGAAAGCCAUGUACCCUGAUUACUUUGCUAAGAGGGAACAGUGGAAAAAGCUGCGGGUUCAGACAUGGGACAGAGAGGUCCAGCAGCUGCAGACUGAAACUCCUGCUGACGGCCCUAAAUCUGAGGCUCUGCCCCCGGCCCGCAAGGCAGGAGACUUCCCACCUCUGUGGUGGCAGUUUGUCACUCGUCCCAGAGAGCGUCCCAUGUAAGGAUAUGUGCAGAAGAUAAUUUAAAAUAGGUGUCUGAAACAGCCCUGUGUUUGUCAAACUCCACUAUGACUUUAAUCCUAAUUAAAGUAUUAUGCAAAUCA